ACUUUGAAAGGCAAGGCUAGACUUACAGUUAGGGAGUACUGGUUCAGAAUGACCAUCACUCUCAAUUUGUCCCAUAGAAAUGGACUCUAAAAAGGGUGUUUUGACCUGACACUCAGCCACUGACAGGUGAAACAUUAACUUUUGUUCUGCAUUAAAGAUGCUGCCUCUUCUUCCUAAUUAGUGGAAACAAUAGACGGCGUUUCCAGAUGUCACUAAUGGAGGCCUGGAGUUUGGUUGUUACCCAAGCAACCAUAAAUCAACAAUAAUGAUGUCGGACCAAGCUGAGAACAUUGCCAGUUAAGAAAAAACACAGUUUCAGCUGCUAUUUAGGAGCACCACAUUUCUUACAUUAUUUUUUUUCUUUUACAAUUUUCACAAAUUUGUCAUAAUUUUAGAAAGAGUCUUUUUUUAUCUUUUAUAAAGGUAGAUGGAGAAUUUUCAGUUGGUGCGCGUCAAAGUGAGCUGGACUGCACUUUUGGCUCUAGCCCACUUCACUUACCUGCUUGUAGGAGCUACUGUUUUUCAAAUUCUGGAGCGAGAAGCUGAGAGCAACAACCGCAACCACUUCCAGCUGGAGAAGCUGAAUUUCUUGGCAAAUUACACUUGCCUGGAUGGACCUGCCUUGGAGAACUUUGUUAAGGUGAUUUUGUACGCAUGGGAGAAUGGAGUGAAUCCGUCGGGGAACUCAACGAACCCCAGUAACUGGGACUUUAGUAGUUCCUUCUUCUUUGCAGGCACAGUUGUCACAACUAUAGGCUAUGGCAACCUCUCUCCAAGCACAGUGUCUGGUCAAGUCUUCUGUAUGUUUUACGCUCUGUUUGGGAUCCCACUGAACCUGGCUUUCCUUAAACAGAUCGGCAAGUGUCUCAGCAUUCACCUGAGUCGAUUGGAGAGGAGAAUGGUUGCAGUUGUUCCUCUUAAGAUACCUCGAACAGUUGAAGCUAUGGUGGUGAGUUUGUUCUUCAUUUCUGGCAGCCUCCUGUUUCUGGUCAUCCCUCCUCUGCUUUUCAGCUAUGUGGAGGAUUGGACAUUUGGUGAGGGUUUCUACUUCGCUUUUAUAACUCUCAGCACCAUUGGUUUUGGAGAUUAUGUAGUGGGAACUGACCCAGCCAAGGAGUACAUCUCUCUGUACCGUAGCCUUGCAGGCAUUUGGAUCAUAUUUGCUCUGGCUUGGCUGGCACUUAUCCUAAACAUGGGAGCCCAAAUGAUGGAAGACGUUCUUAUCCUGAUGCGUCCUGGCUUCACAAAGCAAGAGGAGGAGGAAGAGGUAAUUCAAGAAGCAUCAAAGGCAGGGCUUAGUUUGAAAAGCAACACCACGACAGACGGCUUCUGGAAAUUCACCAGCUCAGCUGUAUUUGCUGCAACUGUGGUCACCACUAUAGGUUAUGGAAACAUGAGUCCGAGCACAUGGGGCGGUCAGAUCUUCUGUGUCUUCUUCGCUCUCUUUGGCAUUCCUCUGAAUGUGGUGGUGCUCAACAAAGUUGGAAAAUACAUGCUCAGUUUGGAGAGGAACAUUUCUGACUUCCUCCAAAGAAAGUUGGGAGGCAAGACAUGUAUACGUUUCUUUAUACACCUGGUUUCUUACAUCUGUGGAACGGUUUUCUUCUUCAUCGUACCCAUGAUUGUAUUCAAGCUGUAUGAGGGAUGGAGCUACUCACAGGCCAUUUACUACUGUUUCAUCACCCUCAGUACUAUUGGUUUUGGAGAUUUUGUGGCAGAUAACAAUCCAGACAACAGUUACCCAAACUGGUACAGUGUUUUCAUGGCCUCGUGGAUCUUCUUUGGGAUGGCUUGGCUUGCUCUGCUCAUUAACCACUCUAUUGACAUCUUGGAGAGGCUCAACACUCUCUGGAAACAGAAGUGGCGCGGCAAAGAACCUGAGGGAGAGUCAAGUGGCAGCGACGACAAGAAACCUGAGGCAGUCAUGAAGGAGGAAAAUGAGAUCAAAAAGCCCCCGUUACCACAGUAAUGUACAAAAAAGGGAAAGCUUGAGUGAGUCUGAAAACCAAGAAGAUCAGCAGAGAGAUUAGGAUUUUAGAAAGAUUGCAAAUCAGAACUGGCUGUGAGAAACUGUUCUUUGUGAGAAUGUAAAGGUAGUAAAGAUGUGAUUAAGCACACAUUGUUUUGCUUUGUGGUCUGUACAGAAGACAGACUUUAGUUUUCAAAAGCCCAAUGAAUAUUGUCACUGCUCCUAGGAUCCAAUUUGCAUGAGCUCUUUCAAAGCAUAAAAUUAUCACUUUAGAGGAGUAAGUCUGAAUAAACGGAGGCAGCAUUUCA